UAACCAUAUAACAAAGAGCUCGAACCAAAACAUGGACAAUCUCGCCCCAAAAAAUGGACUCCGAGCUCCAUAACUUUGUCUUCGUCUGGAUCUCCGUCGUCACUGCCCUAAUCUACUGUCGCUGCAUCUCCGGCCUCGUCCCCGCCGGACACAAGAGGUUCUUCUUCUUCCUCCCGGUCUUCCUCCUCUUCUUCCUCCUCCCUCUCCGUCUCACCACCAUGUCCCUCGGCGGUCUUACCGGCUUCUUCAUCACCUGGCUCUGCAACUUGAAGCUCCUCCUCCUUGCUCGUGACAAAGGCCCUUUAGCACCGCCGCCGCUGCCGUCGCAGCCUCUCUCUCUUUCACUUUUCGUCGCCAUCGCGUGUCUUCCGAUCAAGAUCGGCCCUUCUGUGGGGAGUGCGGCUUCCAAGAAUGGCGUUGGCGAUGGUCUCAAGUCGCCGGCGAAUUACGUCGCAAAAUGUAUAUUGGAGGCUUCGCUCUUGCCGUUCCUCCUGUGGAGUAACUACGUGCACGAGGUGGUCCUGAUGAUGGCGUACUCCGUCCACAUGUAUCUCACGCUCGAGUUGUCUCUGGCGGUGGUCGGUGCAGCGGCGAGCCGGCUCAUCGGCGUGACGUUGGAGCCGCAGUUUGACGAGCUGUAUCUCGCCACGUCGCUCCAGGACUUCUGGGGUCGGCGGUGGAACCUCAUGGUGGCAAGAAUCCUGCGGCCGAGCGUGUACGAACCCAUCCGGUCGGCCUCGGGCCACCUCGUGGGAAGGCAGUGGGCUCAUCUUCCCGCUGUGCUCGCCGCGUUCGCAGUGUCCGCCCUCAUGCAUGAGCUGAUCUUCUACUUCAUCGGGAGGAAGGAGCCCACAUGGGUGGUCACGUGGUUCUUCCUCCUCCAAGGGGUUGCCGUGGCAGCGGAGGUCGCGGCGAAGAAGGCGCUGCGCGGCACGAGGUGGCAGCUGCCGGCAGUGGUGUCUAGGCCGCUGACGCUGGGGUUCGUGGCGGUUACAGGCUUCUGGCUGUUUCUGCCGCCCUUGCUGCGGUGCGAUGCGGUGGCGAAGACGGGGAGGGAGACCAUUGCUGUUAUAGAGUUUGUGAAAAGGCUCGGGAGCACUAUGAGAUUCAUCUAAUUUACCAUAAUGAAUGGUCCUUGAAAUUCUCCUCAUUUUGCACAC